AAUAGGGUACCGGUAUCCUACUGAAAAUACAGUAAUAGGAUAAACGGAAAAACCUUUUACAGCUAGGCUAUAUGCUGAUAUGUACCGUAACGGUGUAAUUUUCACUCUCCAUCUGACAGUCUGAUAUGCCUAUAAAGUGCUCAAAAAUCUUCUAAUAUAUGACUGUAUGAACUGUUGUGCCAUCAUAACUUGAGUUAUGGCGACUAAUGAAGAAAAACCCAGUGAAAAUCCAUUGGCCCCUGAAGAAAAUGAGGAAGCUGCAAGCAUGUCUACAUGGUUUUCUGGAUGGUACGAUACUGCAAAGAAAAAGCUGGCAGAAACUAAUGAAUUCAUGAAGCAUGAUUUGCAAGAAUUUUCACAAGCAGUUCAGACUGAUGCAUCUAGAAUUGUUGCAGCAACAGCGACAACAAUGAAAGAAAAGUUGAAUAUUAAUGUUGACUUGGAAGAGGCCUCUGCAGCAACUCGUGUGGUGAAAGAUUCUUUGUCUAACUUUCUUGGAAACAUUGCAAACAAAGUUGGUCCUAUUCGUCCUGAUGAUGAUGAAAAUUUAGGAGAGUCUGCAAUUAUUGGAACUGGUUCUGGAACUAAAGUACUAUCUCCUUCAGAGGCACGAAUAUAUGCUAUUCGUACAGACCCUGCGACAUUCUGCAAUGAGCCAGACAAUGAAAAUGAGUAUCAUUCCUGGUCUCCUAACUUUAACCUUGAAGACAAAAAGACUGAAAUAUCAUCUUUGAUGCUGGAUUGUUCACAGAUACGAUCUCUCUAUACAAAACUGGUACCGACAGCUGUCUCUCAUUGCGAUUUUUGGGCAAGGUAUUACUUUAAACUACAUCAACAUGAAAAGGCCGAAGAAAGGCGUGCUCUGUUAGUUGAACGAGCUCAGAAAACUCAUGAUGAUAUAGAGUGGGAUGAUGAAGAUGACUGGAUUCAACCAAAGUCUGGCGCAGUGGAGUCGUCUCUAGAACCUGUUGCAAUCCCAACUGAAAAAUCAGAAACGGAAGAUGAUCAGCUAAAGAAACGCUUGGAAAUUCCUCCUGAACUAAUAAAAAAUGAAUCAUCAGAAAUUAAGAACUCACUUGCCAAAGAGUCUCAAAGCAUAGAAUCGAUCAUCACCAGUAAAAGCGGUGACAUGAUAGCCCAUGAAUCAGAAACGAAAGAUUUUGAAACUGUUCCACAGCCAAGUGCAGACAAUGGUAAUGAUAAACUGAAUGACAGAGAUUCAACAGCAACCGAACAAAUUAGUGAGGAUUUAUCGAUAGAAAAGUUUGCUUCUUCCGCUAAAAAAACAGAUCCUAAAGAGAUUAACGUUGCUCAUGAUGAUAAAACGUUGGAUAGCAAAAGUAAAGAUACCACUAGUGAUGAAACAGCUAAACCAACUGAGACAGGAAAAGUGCCAUCCAGUGGUGAAAGUUCAGAUGAUUGGGAAAAGGAUUUUGAUUUGGACAUGACGGAAGAUGAAAUACAACAAGCACUUAAAGAAUCUGACACAAUUGAUGUUGGUGAUAUUGGUGAAGAUUGGGAAAACUGGGAAUGAUCCAUCUGCAAUCAGUAUAAAAAUUCUAAUUGAUCUUACUUCUCUUUAACAUCUUACAUUAUUUUAUCGCUGUAUCAUACAUAAUCCUUGUUGAUAUGUCUAUAUAUGAAUUCAUGGAAACUACUAAGUGUCGACUUCAUAUGAUGGUGUGAUUCUACUUAUGACAUUACUCAUAUGUGAAUAAGAAAUUAUUUUUCACUGUCAGUGUCACAUGUGCAGCUGCUAAGAUACCAACCCAUGUUGCUGAGUUGGCACAACAGAAGUCCUCUUCCUGCUAUGACGUAAAAAAAAACAUUUUCACUUGUAAAUAUGCCUUUGCCAGAAAAGAUGGGGAAAAAGUAUUAACUAGGUUUGCGGGGAAUAUGAAAGAGGGAGCUUUGGGAGAAGUUUAUGCAUAUUCCUUGAAUCAUUGGGGCAGUGAAUUUACAAUAUUUUCACUGAUUUACACACCAAUUUCAACCACUGAUAUUGGCAGAUCGCUACUUAGCUUUACACUCAUUUCACUCAUUAUUGAAUGACAGAUAUUAUAGACUUCUUUUGCUUGUUGCUUGAAAACGUUUUAUUCGUGUUGUGAAUUCUUGAGUUUAAUCUAUAAAUACAUUCUAUUCUAUUUCAAAA